AUGUCCGAUUCGCAGACCUCUGCGUCGCCCUCGGCGUCGUCUUCGACUGCGCCUUCGUCGCCCCUCACUGCUGCCUCGUCGAUCUCGACGGCCGACCUGGACCAGUCCCGCGCAGAUGCCUCUCUCCCCGUCGAGGAGCGCAGGAAGCGCGCGCAGGCGCUCAAGGACGAGGGCAACAGGCUCUUCCUCUCGUCGAGCUUCGAGGACGCCAAGGUCAAGUACGGCGAGAGCAUCGCCCUCGACCCCACCGUCCCCGCCGUCUACAGCAACCGCGCCGCCUGCGAGCUCAAGCUCGAGCAGCACGGCCUCGCGAUAGAGGACGCGACAAAGGCCAUCCAGCUCGAUCCCAAGUUCUCCAAGGCAUACUACCGCCGCGCCCGCGGCUACCUCAGCAUCCUCGAUCCAAAGUCGGCGCUCCCGGACCUCAAGAUGCUCCGCAGCCUCGAGCCCAGGAACCCGGACGUCAAGGCGCAGCUCGAGGCCACCGUCAAGCUCAUCCGCCGCCUCGAGUUUGAAAAGGCCAUCAAGGCGGCCGAGGGCGUCAAGCCCUCGCAGACCGUCGAGGACCACCUGCGCGAGGGCACCGGCGGCUGCAGCCUGCCCGACACCUACGACGGCCCCCGCCUCUCCGACGGCGACGACGACGCCACCCGCCACCUCGGCAAGAUCGACGCCGGCUUCAUCGACGCCAUGCUCGAGUUUUUCAAAAAGGGCGGGCGGCUGCCGCUGCGCGUGGCGUGGCAGAUUAUCCUGGGCGCGCUCCGCCAGAUGCAGCGCGAGCCGCCGCUGGUCGACUACGAGGUGCCCGUGGGCCAGACGAUCGACGUCGUCGGCGACACCCACGGCCAGUUCUACGACUUCCUCCACCUCCUCUCGCUGACGGGCCGGCCCUCGGCCCACCACGCCAUCCUCUUCAACGGCGACUUUGUCGACCGCGGCUCGUGGUCGGUCGAGAUCGCCCUGACCAUCUUUGCCUACAAGUGGCUCUACCCGGCCACGACGCUCGUCAACCGCGGCAACCACGAGACCAACGACAUGAACAAGGUGUACGGCUUCGAGGGCGAGUGCAAGGCCAAGUUUGGCGGCGACAUGACGUUCAAGCUGUUUACCGAGGCCUUUGUGGCGCUGCCCCUGGCCACGCUCAUCACGGCGCCCUCGAAGCCGCUGCAGGGCGACGAGCUGCCCUACCGCGCCUCGCUCGCCCAGCGCUCGCCCAUCCUCGACCACGAGCGCGGGCUGAAGCGCUUCUUUGUCGUCCACGGCGGCCUGUUUUCCAAGGACGGCGUCACGCUCGACGACAUCCGCGCCAUCGACCGUUUCCGCAUCGGCCAGCCGGGCCAGGAGGGGCUGAUGAUGGAGCUGCUGUGGAGCGACCCACAGGCGGCUCGGGGGCGCGGGCCCUCGAAGCGGGGCGUCGGCCUGGGCUUUGGGCCCGACAUUACGCGGGCGUGGUGCGAGCUCAACGGCGUCACGGCCGUGCUGCGCAGCCACGAGGUGCGCCACGGCGGCUAUGCCGAGGAGCACGACGGCCUCUGCUGCACCGUCUUUUCCGCGCCAAACUACUGCGACUCGACGGGCAACAAGGGCGCCUAUGCGCGCAUCGACGAACGCGGCACCAUCGAGUGGACGACGUUUGAGGCGCAGCCGCACCCGGACAUCAAGCCGAUGGCCUACGCCGGCGGCGCCAUGGGCGGCAUGCUCCGCGCCUGA